UCUCUCCCCUCUCAUCUCACAGUCCACCUUUGAUUCGAUGCUUUCUCCACCAAGCUUCAACAUCAGAAUUUUGCUUUGAAUUUGUCCCCCCAAAAAAAAAAAAAAAAUCGUUUCACGACCUUUCUUGACUCUUUCUCAGUUGUCCUCAAGGGAGCCGUUUUCGUCGCCCGCAAUUAAAGUUCAUGGCUUUUUCAGCCACGAAAUUUAAAAAAAGUUUUGUUUUCUUGUAAUUCAUUUGAAAGUUGAAACUCUCUUUUCCGUUAGGGUUUUGCAUCAUAGAAGCAGCGCAUUAAAUUCCCCGUAGUCAAUUUCACCAAGCGAAAUUUUCGAGCUUAGAGUAGUUACUCUUUGGCCAUAUAUUUUUUUCAAUAUUUUGUGUGCAGCCUGGAAUUUGAACUUCACAUUCAAGCAUUGACUUCAAAGUUCAGGAAGAGAGAAUUUCUUGCGAUGUCGGGCCCACCCAGAGUUCGAUCCAUGAAUGUUGCUGAUUCCGACUCCCGGCCGGUGCUUGUUCCCGCCGGCAACAAAGCUCGGACUACCGACGGACGGAAACCUGCUUCAAAACCUGUCAAGAAACCGGAGCAGGCGGUUCUAGAACCUGAGGCCAAGGAGAAGAAGCCAGCUGUGAAUUCAAAUCCGCUAUGCGUUUCAGUACCGACGAUUUUGAAGCGGCAGGAUCAUCAUCAGGCCGUACUCAGUUUGUCAAUGAACGCUUCUUGCUCAUCUGAUGCUUCGUCAACGGAUUCUUCAACUCACAGUCGAGCGUCGUCAAGCGGGAAGGUGGUGCGGCGUACAAGUGAGCCAUUGAAGAAGAAGAACUCUGGUCCGAAGUCGGAGAGGCGUGAAAAGGUUGGAACAGAUAAUGUGGCUGUUCCUGAUAACUUACCGGCAGAUUCAACUGAUAGUUCGGAGGGCAAGAAAAGGUGUGCUUGGGUUACACCUAAUACAGAACCAAAUUAUGUUGCUUUCCAUGAUGAAGAGUGGGGAGUUGCUGUCCAUGAUGACAAGAAAUUGUUUGAGUUGCUCAGCUUCUCUGGAGCCUUGGCUGAACUCACAUGGCCCGCCAUCCUUAGCAAAAGGCGAUUAUUUCGUGAAGUCUUUUUGGAAUUCGAUCCAAGUGCUGUUUCCCGAAUGAACGAGAAAAAGAUAACCGCACCGGGAAGCCCUGCCACAUCUUUGCUUUCAGAACUCAGGGUACGAGCCAUAGUUGAAAACGCACGUUUGAUAUGUAAGGUGAUUGACGAGUUUGGCUCCUUUGACAAGUUCAUCUGGAACUUUGUGAACCAUAAGCCAAUAGUUAGUCAAUUCCGAUACGCACGGCAGGUACCCGUCAAAUCUCCAAAGGCAGAAUUCAUAAGCAAAGACCUUGUGAAGAGAGGGUUCAGGAGUGUGGGACCAACGGUCAUCUACACGUUCAUGCAAGUGGCUGGGCUAACAAAUGACCACCUUAUCAGUUGCUUCAGAUUCAAAGAAUGUACAGCCACCGAAGCAACAGCACAUAAAGACGGCUCCCUCAUCGCAUCUAAGGUCAAUGACAAAACAAACGAGGAUCCCACGGAGGCUUUGCUUGUGGCAACGGAGUGUACAAAUCCAUACAGAAAUAGCUAGAAAGAACCUGUAUCUGAAAAGCGCAAUGACUCCGGCAAUUCAAGUUCUUGUGUAUUAAUUAAAAAAUUACUGAAGUGGAUUAUUUAUUCUCCUCUGUCUA